CGCAACUCCCCCGUCAUUCAUGCGUUUUCUUUUCUACUUGUUCUUGUCGUCGUCGUACUGAUUCACUUUUUUCUUCUUUGUAUUCACCCACACACACAGCAAUAGCAAUAGCAACAGCGACAAUGGAUCCAGUGCGUCGUAAAGGUACCCAGUUGCUGCAGCAAGCUCUUGGCGCUUCAUCUGAAGGUGUCGCAGAAGCCAUCGAACACGAGAUUUACGAGUCGCAUGAAUCCAAAGUCGACGACAGCUACAAGGAGUCUCUCCGCACGCACUUGUUCAAUCUAAAGCAGAAUGACCCCUUACGCCAACGCGUACUUUCGGGCGAUAUCACGCCUGCCGACUUUGCUCAAAUGUCGACAGACGAUAUGGCAGGUCCAGAGUUACGAAUGACAGAACAACACUUGAGACGACAAUCCAUUACUGAUUCCAUCUUCCAUGACCACAUUCGACCACGUCAUCGUAACCAAGACAAUCUCGAUGAAGAUAAACCUUGAAAGAAAGAAAGUGUCUCCUUUCCCCUCCACCCUCUCCUUGUCCUUUCUCCCCUCUAUGAUAUGUCUUGAGGACAACUGUAAACAUCAAAAAAUAUAGCUAGCCACGUGUAUAGUUUCAAAGUAAUUAUGCUUUUGCAUGUUGGACAUCGUCACAACACAGCCUGC